AUGCUGUGGCUCCCACUCCUCGCCCUGAUGGUCCUCAACGGCGUGGACGCAUACUCCAAGUACGGACGCGGCUGCGGGGACAUCGGAUGUCUGCCCAACGAGGAGUGCAUCAUCACCAGCGACUCGUGCAGCUACAACCAGAGGGACGGCAAGGACUGCGGCAACUAUCCGACCUGCAAGCGCCGCACCGGCUCCACCUCCAGCUCCGGCAGCAACCAGGCCUCGCCCUCUGUUAAUCCGUCAGAGGUGAGCGGCAGCACCCACAACUCCUAUGCCCCCAAUCCGCCAAGUGCCCCGCUGCCGGAUGCGGACUCGGCCGGUGGCGCUGGCUACAAUGGCGGCGGCGGCGGCGGCUCCAACGGCAAUGGCAACGGUGGUGGCGGUGGAUAUGGUGGUGGCUUCUCGGCUGGCGGCCAUAGUCUCUACCCCAGUCUCCCCCAGUCCGGCGGUGGCGGUAAUGGCAAUGGUGGCGGUGGUGCUGCCCCCUACAAUCCCUACGGCGGCUACAACCCCCAGCAGCCCCCGCAGGGCGGUGGGGGCUACAACCCCUACAACGGCGGCAACGGCGGCUACCAGCCGGCGCCCGGCGGCUAUCAGCCGAGACCCGGCUACACCCCUCCGGCCCCUGGCUACGAGAACAACGGCGGCGAUGGCGGACAAGGACAAAAGCCCAAGGACAAGCAGGGCGGCUUCUUCUCCAACUUCUUCUCGAACCCGGCGGUGAGUCAAGCGGUUUCCGGCAUCAUUGCCGGCCAGAUAGCCAAGCAGCUCCAAGGAGGAGGUGCCGGCGGGGCAGGUGGCGGUGGCGGUGGCGCCAGCUCCAAUGGCGGCUACCAGCCUAGCGGCGGCUACGGCGGCGGCUCCUCUGGCGGCGGCUCAUCUGGAGGCGGCGGCGGCAGCAACAUCCUGGGCGGCCUACUCGGCUCCGUACUGUCUGGCGGCGGUGCCAAUGCAGGCGGGGGCUCUUCGGGCGGUGCCAGCAGCUUCCUGGGCAGCCUCCUCAACGGCGGCGGCAACUCCAAUCGCGGCCAGUCUGGCGGCGGCGGCGGAGGCGGAGGCGGCCUGGGCGACAUCUUCAGCUCGAAGAACUUUGGCGGCCUCUUCAGCGAGAAUCCCUCUUCCCGUGGGGGAUCUGCCAGCGACGCAUCCUCCUCCUCCGGGGGACCCAAGAGCUACCCCACCCAGGCCCCGGGCAACUACUAUGGAUAG